AUUUAGACCGACUAUCCAUUCGGUCGGCCUCCACAAUUAGACAUUAUCCGGGCAGCGAGCUUGGCGUCUUUCUAAAGAUGGUAAUCGAAUGUCUUUCACGUCUUUCAAACUCUAUAUAGCCGAGCUUAUCAUCGUAUAUGGAGAGGCGUCCAACUUUUGUAUCACGCCUUAUUGUCAUGACUAUACUAUUAUAGACUUGAAUGCACUAAGAUGUCAUCUUGGAUGAAAUCAUCCAAUUUUCCAAGAUCUUUCCGACUUUGUGCCCAAACAUCUUUGCCUUCUGCUUAUAUCACCUCAAACACAAUCCUUCCCACUUCUAACAUGACUUGUAUCUCUACGAAAAUAUAAAAAGAUAUAUAUAUAUAUAUAUAUAAUGUCCAUCACAUUUCAAAACCCUAUCCUCAGGGGCUUCAACCCAGAUCCGACCAUCUGCGUCGUCCGCGGUGCUACCGGACCGGGGGUCGACCGGCAACCUGGCACGCACUACUAUCUGAGCACCAGCACAUUCGAGUACUUUCCCGGAUGUGCCAUAUAUCACUCGACGGAUCUGGUCAACUGGGAUCUCAUUGGUCAUGCGUUGACCAGGAGGAGCCAGGUCGAGAUGAGGACGGUGGAGCCUGGAGCAGGCAGCUGGGCCAGCACGCUGAGAUAUAGGGAGAAGGAGAAGCGGUUCUACCUCGCCAACGGCGUCUUUCAGAGAUAUCGGCCGGGCAGUGAUGAACGCAUCUUCCCCCGCGGCUUCUACGUAUGGACCGACAACAUCUGGGAUUCGAGUUCCUGGUCGGACCCCAUCUACUUCGACAACCCGGGCUUUGAUCAAGAUCUCUUCUGGGAUGACGCAACGUCCAAAGUCUACCUAAGCACCACGACCCGGCUCAAGGAUCGGCCUCUCAACCCGACCCAGAAGGACUUCGCGAUCCACAUCUCCGAGAUCGACCUGCCCACAGGCCGGACGCUCACGCCGCCCGUGGUGAUCCGCAAGUCCCACCACGGCAUCGCUGAGGGCUCGCACAUCUUCCGUCGGGAAGCGUUUUACUACCUCCUGACGGCGGAGGGCGGUACCGAGGCCGGACACCAGGAGUGGAUAUUCCGGAGCGCCGGGGGCGUAUGCGGGCCCUGGGAGGGCCAGGGCAGGGCGCUGUGGUACAAUGGCCCUGGGGAGGAGGUGCAAAGGACGGGGCACGUGGAUAUGUUCGAGGACGGAAAUGGGGACUGGUGGGGUGUGUUUCUGGGUGUGCGGCCGGUGAAGGCUACAAGUCGCAGAGGAGAUGUGGAUGUAUUUCUGGAGCCGCAGAUGGGACGGGAAAGUUUUCUGGCCAAGGUGGACUGGGUGGACGAUUGGCCGAUCUUCAACGAUGGGCGGAAUAUUACCUUGGAGACGCAAGGGAGGGGCGAGGUGAGGCAGCUGAUCACUGAAUGGCAGCCUGGAGAUGUAAAGUGGAAGGCUGACCUCGAGAGGGAGGACCUGGAGUUGGGGUGGUAUCAGAAGAGCACACCUCUCAAGACGUGUUAUACCUUGACGGAACGGCCAGGCCACCUAAGGAUAUAUGGCAACUGCUAUGAUCUGUCAUGGCCUGAAGCGCCUGCGAUGCUAUUAAGGAAGCAGUCGUCGUACACGGAGACUUUCCACGCAAAACUACAAUUCAAUCCCAGCGAGACUGGCUAUGAGGCUGGCGUUGUACUUUGGUGGAGUCAAUACUCGUAUGCAAGCAUUGGUAUCACUCUACUCCAACUCCCCGACGGAACCCAGAAGAAGACAGUGCUACAUCGAUACCCAGCAAACCAGGCUGCCGAGACGAUUCAACUCGCACCAUUGUUGAGAGAACAUAACGAAGCGGAAACGACGGAUCUCCCCGGCACGGCGGAGUUCAGGAUCGAAUCGCAACCUACCAAGUAUAAUCUGUCCUUAUCCUUGGGGAACGAAAAGCUGGAAUUCUCGGUACUAGCCGAGGACUUGACGAUCAUGCCGCCCGUAGGUGGGUCGUUUUGUGGCACCAUGUAUGGUGUAUACUCCUUUGGGAAAGGCGAGCCGGUAUUGGACCCAGCAGACUUCUCCGAACUGUUCAUACAAGAGAAUCAAGGAUAGGUACGCAAUGUAGACAGCAUAAUUGCAAAUACUCAAGAAAAACCUGGUGUGGUGGUUGUCAAAUGGGGGUGAUGAGGCUCUGCUGCUCAAAAUCGAUGCUGCAACAACGCAAUUAUCUCAAUUAAGCGACCAGCUUGCAUUUGCAUGUAGUCAGAUUCGGGAUCUCGGAUAUGAGUGGUCGAUAUUGAUCACAGCCAAUAGAAAGCCGCAAUAAUCUAUGCGCCGCUUGUUAAACGCCGAAGAUAAGUAGUAGAGAUGCGGGUUGC